AACAUUUGACAGGGAUUUAUUCUGAUCCUCAUGACGUCACUCGAUACCCUGCGCUCCGACAGUCAGAAAGCGAAGGGAUGCUCUAAACGCAAGAUUGCAGCAUCUUUCCUGAGAGACUACAAACAAAUCGCAUCUCACUCUAGCUUUGUAUCCAUUCUCGGUAUUCUCUCCCCUUUGGACCCUCCUGAAAACGCACCUCUUGCCCUCCAACAUCGAACUGCAGGGUGUCUUCGUGCACGAAAGGAGGACCGGAUAGAACACCAUAUUUGUAUUUCAACACCUUUCCUUUCCCUUUAUUUAUUUAACCUCUGUCGUCUGUAUAUUUUUUGUUUUGAUCUUUUAUUUUGUUGACCAUUGCCUAGCUGCAAUACAGAGAGGAGGAGGUCGUUCUGCAUUGCUUGAUAGGAAUACGCGCUUUAUUGCAGUGGAAUGAAAUAACACACAUAUGAAGAAAUUAAUGGAAGAUUAAAUUAGCCUACUUUCUACAACACGCUUAUAGUAUCUGGAGCGGGACAUAAUUUAUCGGUUCAUUGGAUUUUUGUUGAGGUUACGUUCCAUACGCAGCGCAAGCAUCGUCUUCCUCGGUUAGAACACAUAGCCCAUACUCAUCGUAGCAUCUCGGUGUUCUCUGAAAGGGCGAGGAUAACACGCAAGAUAUUUCAUUAUCAAGAAUAUAGGCAUUUUCGAUUUUGAAUCGCUUCGUCUAUUCAAAUACCAUUUUUUUUCUCAAUUGGUUACGUUGCAUAAAGGGAUAAACGCAGUUUCAUCCAACCUACUUUAAAAAUGAUGGCCGGCGGGGCAGUACAGCAAAACGGGAUUUUCUUGAAUCCUCACCAUCACAAUCAACAGCCGCACAUGGAGUCGGAUCCCCCAGAUUCGCGUAAAAGACCGCUAGAGACCCCAACUGAGGCAAGCAGCACUAAACGCACAAACACUGGAGUGGCCUUCCUGCAACCCCUUUUUGAAACUGAAGGCAUUGUAUUCCCUCACCAGGAAUCACACUCUGAGGCACAUGAGGAAGGUGAGUACUUCCUGAAGGUUCUGAUCCCCAGCUAUGCGGCCGGCUCCAUCAUCGGCAAGGGCGGACAGACCAUCGUCCAGCUGCAGAAAGAGACCGGCGCCACCAUCAAGCUGUCCAAAUCCAAAGACUUCUACCCUGGCACGACAGAGCGGGUGUGUCUGAUCCAGGGGACAGUGGAGGCUCUGAAUGGAGUCCAUAACUUCAUCGCUGAGAAGGUGCGGGAGAUGCCGCAGAGCACCCAGAAAUCAGAACCGGUCAGCGUACUGCAGCCACAGACCACCGUCAACCCUGACCGCAUCAAACAGGCCAAGCUGAUAGUACCAAACAGCACAGCAGGUCUGAUCAUUGGUAAAGGUGGAGCCACAGUCAAGGCCGUCAUGGAGCAGUCGGGCGCCUGGGUGCAGCUCUCCCAAAAACCAGAGGGCAUCAACCUGCAGGAGCGCGUGGUCACCAUUAGCGGAGAGCCCGAGCAGAACCGUAAAGCCGUGGAGAUCAUCGUUCAGAAGAUCCAAGAGGACCCCCAGAGCAGCAGCUGCCUCAACAUCAGCUACUCCAACAUCUCUGGCCCUGUGGCCAACUCCAACCCCACCGGCUCCCCCUACGCCAACUCAGCCGAGGUGAACCCCGCUGCUGCUGCUGCCGCCGCUGCCACAGCCUCCAGCCUCCUGGGUCAGGCCACCAUGCAGAGUAUGGGCGGCUUCCCCACCACCAUGGGUCCCAGCUUCUCAGGCAACGACCUCUUGACCAUCACCUCGGCACUCAACACGUUAGCCAGCUACGGCUACAACACCAACUCCCUGGGCCUGGGGCUCAACCCCGCCGCAGCCUCAGGAGUCCUGGCCGCCGUAGCGGCUAGCGCUAACCCUGCCGCGGCUGCCGCUGCUAACCUCCUGGCGUCCUACGCCAGCGAUGCCUCCACCAGCGCAAGCCACCAGGCCGCCUCCCUGGGAGGUUUCACCCUAGGCUCGCUGGCCGCGGCCACUGGGGCCACCAAUGGCUACCUGAGCGCCUCGUCCCCGCUGAUGGCACAAUCCCUGAUGGCCACUGAGAAGCAGAUGCAGGAGGGGGCCAAGGACGUGGUGGAGAUCGCUGUUCCCGAAAACCUGGUAGGAGCCAUCUUGGGGAAAGGAGGGAAAACGCUAGUGGAGUACCAGGAGCUGACUGGAGCCCGGAUCCAGAUCUCCAAAAAGGGAGAGUUCAUUCCCGGCACCCGGAACCGUAAAGUUACCAUAACCGGCUCUCCGGCGUCAACGCAGGCAGCUCAGUAUCUGAUCAGCCAACGGAUCACGUAUGAGCAGGGUGUGCGCGCCACCAACCCACAGAAGGUGGGCUAGAAAAUGAGAAUGGAAAGGAAGAAAACGAGUGGGGGCUUGGGGAGGAAUGCAAAGGGAGAGAGAAAGGGAGAGGAGAGCAAGAAUGUUGGAAGGAAUCGUCUGCCCGUUUUUUUGAUGUUUCAGUAUUCAAAAAAUGAUGCAACACAAAAAUUCGCUCGGGGAGAGAGGAGAAAGUGUACCGCGGAAAACAAAGGAAAAUAAGGUGUAAAAUGUAAAUACGGUUUUAUUACUUAAGUCUUGAUGUUUCGGGAUUUUUUGUUUGUUUUAUUUUCUAGUUCUUUUGUUUUUUUGUUUGUUUGUGUAUUCUCCGGACAGUGGUGAAUGCGAUUUUAAACUGGCAUGCUGCCGCGCUGCAGUUUGGAAAAGGGGGGCGGUGGGGGUACUGGGGGCCGACCCCCAUGGAAUCAGCCCCUUCCCCACCCCCACCCCCAUUCCUGUGUAGCUCACUGAUGUUUUUCUUCAGAUUUGCCUUCAAUUUCAAUUUUCCCCUUACCCUGCCCCCCACUUUUUGCCCUGCCCCUACAAGGGUCUGAUAAGACUGCAAACCAGUGCUUGGUUAGAGAUCUAAGGAAAAUCCCUGUAGUUGAUGACAUACCCCUCCAUGCCCCGAUCCCUCGCCCCUCUCCCAGCCACCCCCACUCUGUUUUGAGCAAAGGAGGGGGAGAGAUGUGCCCAACUUCCACACAUGGAUUAUCCUCGUACCCCCUAUAGCCUCGCGCCUUAGGUUCUGAUUUAACCAGAUGCAUGCUAUGCCACGCUCCUUAUUUAUAUAUCCGGGAUGCUUGUGUUUCGUAUGUAGGACGAAGGCAGAGACGCAUGGUGCAUCUCAUUGGGUCAGAAUUCUAGCGUAGCGCAAGAGUACAUAUGGAGGUCGGGGCAUUUUUCUCAACACGGUUUGCAGUCUGAUAUUAUGAUUAUUAUUAUUAUGAUUAUUAUCGAUAUCAUCGUCAUUAUUUAUGAAUAUGAUUUCGCCCAUAUCGUUUAUUUUAUUUUAUUUUUUUAUCUGUAAAUUCAGGUUGACAUGAAUGUAAAAGACUAUUUUUGAUUUGAUUUGUUUCAUUUAAGUGGAUUUAAUAACAUGUCACAUAGUGUAAUAUACAGUAUGUCUUAUUUAAGUCCAGUAAGAAAUGGAGCAUAAGCAUCACAGCAGUGAUGAUGAAGAGUAAGGGUCAACUUUGAUAUCCAGAAAAGAGCAGGACAGUAAAUAUUCAAUUUAAACACACACACACACACACACACACACACCCUGUGAUGCUAUUUCAGUGCUAUAAAGGGAUUAUAACAUAUCUACAUGGCAGAUUACGGUGAAAUCAAGCAGACUAGUCUCUACAGUAUAUACAUAGAUAGCGUCAAAAUGAAAAUGCCACUUGCACAACGGGCCCAAGAGCACCGUUCACAUUCUGGCAGGGGCCGAAGCGCUCGAAAAACGCCAACCCAAAGUUGUUUCAAUGUUGUCUGAGCUCAGAUGUCUCUCCUCCCUCCGGUUUAGCCUGCGUCCCUCAACAUUGUGAAAAGCCAAAGUGUUGUUGGGACUGUAGGACCAUAGGCGUCUCCACUGAGAUAUCCAGCGAGCGCUGCUCUUCUGCCUGUGGCACUCUUAACAACACUCUGUCUAGACAGGCCAGGCGAGAGACCAGGAACAGGGGCACUUAGAACCUAGAGGUGGUGGCCCCGCCAGUAUACGUACAUACUACUGAGAAAUACAAACACUGAAGAUGAGAAAGUUGAUCUCACUAGGGUCCAUGCAGUUUGCCAGGCCUUGUCUUGUGGCGAGCAGAGGUAUUGAACACAGUGCAUAUUUAGAAGUUGUUUUCCCCUAAUACUUGCUCUUAUCAAGCAGUGUUCAACUGUCCACGAUGAACGGGGGGAAGGUAACGUGCCACGGUCUGUUGGGCGUUAACGACAGCUAAGUCUAAUGGUUGUGGGUUAUUCUGCUUUUGGCAAACUGCAGGGACCUCCCACUACACGUUCCAUGCAAUGGAUACUGCCCACUAACCUAUAAGCUGCUAUGAUUUUGUUUGUUUUUCUCUUGUUUUUGUAUUGUUUUUGCAAUCGGAGUACACUGAAGUUGAUCUUUAUGCACUGUGAAGUGUGGGGAUCGUUUUCUCUGCCCAUGAGGUCAGGGUUGUGUUCUGUAGGGGAGCUUUGUCACAGGCGUGUGCGUUAUUAUGUCAGGGAAAUGUACGCACAUGAAAUACCAGGCGACUAAUCAUAUCUCAUGAACAGAACUCUAUUUGCAAUACAGUGUCAGUUCUCAGUUAGAUAUGCAAGACGAGGAAAGAGUAUUCAUGUUCCUAAACACCACAUUGAAACCGGGAUCCUGGGUUGAGGCUUUGGAUGCGCUUUGACUCAGUUUGGCAAUGAAAGUCAUGUGGUUGUAGAAACAGUCUCUAAUUAUAGGAUGGGAUUGGGGUGGGGGGGGGGAGUGGCAAGUGUGCAUGUUCAGCUUUUGCUAUUCAAAGACAACAAUAGUUGGAGGUAUGUGGAGUUUUAUCCCAAUUUUGACAGGGUUGCUCUAAUCGUCCGACCCUUUUUAUAUUUGCUGUUUUGACCAACAGUUGAAAUUGAUUUAUUCUGUUAGCCAACUGAAAAUGGCUGGCUAACCUAAAAUGUGAUGACUUCUAAAAUGCCAAAGGAGGAGGGGGGGGGCACAUUUUGCUCGACCCUAAAUAAUCUAACGUGGUCUGGUAAGGGAACCUAUCUCCCCAAUUGGACAUUUAGACACUGUCAUGUUAAGGCAAUCUAUCCAAUGGUGGGCUCUCACUAGUAUUCGCCAUUGGAACGUUUUCUCUAUUGUCUAUUGGAGCGACAGUGAAGCGCGUAUCUCGACAGAUUGGUAAGGAGUCUUCUUUAUUCCCAUCUAAUACCAUCCACUUUCCUCACCCCCCCCCAACCCUUGUACCGCCGUGCACCCCAUUCUUACACAUCAACCCAGAGCCCCCCCUCUCACAUCUCUCCAUGGGUGAUAGUGUCUGGUGUUGCGAUGCAUGUCUGCUUGCCCUUCCAGACCACAACUACUCCAAAACAAUGACUCUCUGAGUCUCCUAGUGCUUUGAGGGUAGAGAGGACAGCGUCCCCUUGAUUGUAGAGCUGAGCAUGAGAGACUAGUUAGUGACCAUUUUGCCAGCAGCAGUGAGAACAAAUUAGUAGGUGACAGUGGAAGUAGGAAAGAGAACCUGCAACCAGGCAACUAAGAGAGAAAGAUACCAGCUGACUUAAUUCUGUCAAUCCAAUGGCCAGUGGCUUGAAACCAUAUUUUAUAUUGUAUGUUAUUGACAGGAGUGAAAGCACUUUGCUACAUUUGGAAUGCAUGGGCAGAUACAUACAGUACAUUCAUAAACACAUUCACAUAGAUUGCGAGUAGAAUAAGGGAAAUACUGCUUGUUGAAGUCAUGAAGAAAUGACAGAGAUUACUGGAUAUAAGCGAUGCGAAAACUGUGACAAAUCAAUGUGAACGAUAUCAAAUACAACAAUAUCAAAUACCUGUCGUUGGAGAUCACGAGAAGGUGCCAACAAAGUUCGUCAAAGGAUGGCUUUGUUAUCUUUUUAUCGAAUUCAACAAAAUUACCCCAUGAUGAUGGGGUUUUAGAGCGUCCAUUUUUGUUUGGUUUGUAAUUUAGGGGAUGUAGAUAAAAUGUGAUGAGUACUGGAAGCAAUAUACGUAGUAGCAUGUUGUCCUUGUAUUGUCUUUUUAUUCUGUCUGUUGUCAAAGCUUUGGAUUUACCUAGAUGUUAAAUAGAUUUACCUAAUUACAACUUUUUUAAUUUGUGAAAUUGCUGCUAUUUAAUAAGUGAUGUACUAAAAAUAAAGUUAAAACAUAUCUGAUUGGUCGUUUAGCAGGAUGUUGUAGUUCCCAGAGGUGUACUAAAUGCUAUACAUGCUGAUAAGAUAAUAAUUACUGUAAAAACAAACUCAACAAAUAAACCUGUGCCAAAAUAGAUCUUUAAAGACUGAAACGGGAAAUGCGCGUGAUUUAAAAAACAUUACAUGAAAGGAAUCAUACUUUUAUAAGAAAAAUAAUGUGAAAAGUGCCAAACGAACCAUAUUUAUAAUUGUAAAUAGAAGGGAAUGGUACAAGAUACUUUUUUGUGUGUGAGUAAAAUCAAUAAAAAAAAUUAGAAAUAAGCUUUUUAGUUAAACCUUUUAAUGCCCUCUUUACUACUAUGUGACAUAAAAUAAGGGAUUGUGAAGGAAGGGAGCCAUCUUGUUAGCCAGUAAUCCAAAUUUCCUUGAAUUCUACAGUACUUAGACUCCUGGGCCAGAAGAAUCAACGUAUAGAUAGAUUAGCAUGGUUAAUGAUACACAUGAUAUUAACAUUCUUAAUACAGCCUUUUAUAGUUCUGAAAAUGUAUUUUGUGGAGAUAGAUGUUAUCUUUUUUGCACGUCUAUAUUGCAUGAUAUCAAAGUGAAGCGUGGACAACAAAAAUGUAAGAAACAAAAAUUGUUAAAAAAAAUUGGCGGUGUGUUUUGUUCAUUUUGAAGACAAAUCUUUGCAUGCCAACAAUGGUAAAGCAAUUUUAUUUUCCUUGACACAUUUUCAAACGUGUGUUGUUUUCACUAAACACAUGCAGGGACAUCGUCCAGUAGAGCAAGGCCACAGUGUAAUUAGAUUGUAUGACUGGAUGAGUAUUUUGUGAGAACAUUGUCUAGGCAUCUAAACAUUCUUAGAGAGAUAGGAACAAACUUUUGAUCAAACAUGAAACAAUUCGUUUUUUUUUUUUUUGUUGGUUGUGCUUCUUUUACUAAAACUGCAUUAUUUAAUUCCGGAUCAUAUUUUAUGCUUUUUACCAUAGAUACCGAGAUAUUGUCCAUGAAUGUACUCACCUCUGCAUAAGUUUGCAUAUCACUCUUCGAUCAUGACUUCAGGGCUUGAGUGUCCAUGUGUUUUGUGUGAAUAACUAACAUCAGGUAAGGCCAGAUCUGGCCCUAGUGUCAUUCUAACCAUCUGUUUACCCUUCCGGCUCCCUCUGAGCUUGAUCUCUUGUCUUGAUGUAAAUAUGCACUUUAUAUUUCUCAUUUAGACAGAGUUCUCAUUUAAACCCCCAUCUCCUGAAAGGAAACAGUAUUUUGAAGUAUCAAGCUAGGCUGUGUGUAGGCACCAUGUUUUUUCACGCUCUGUUGCUGCUCGGCUUUUGUAUUUCUCAAUCCCCUGGGUCUCUCUCCAGAAUUUGGGACACGGUGUGUUUUACUCUCUAUUCGGUGAAUUUGGUCUCAUUACAUGAUUACACUUUCUACAACAAAAAGUUAUAGUGAGAGAAAAAAAAGGACAAAUAUUGCCAAUAUUCCCCAUGUUGUCCAUUUCCCAACUGUCAUUCAGUUUCACCAUUAGACAACUGAGUGGUGUCGGCAUGCUCAAAAAGGGAUUGUAAAUAACAAAAACUGGUCAGCCACAAGAAAACAUAGCUUUUCCUCAUUUAACACAGGAUCUUGCCUUUUGUAUAUUUCUCAAGCGUUCAAUGAUCUAGAUUAGUGUCAAAAAGGGACACUCAGUUUAAACUAUAACCAAAUUGACAUCCCUGUUCCUAGCGAUGCCUCAGUUGCAAUAGAAUGUCAGCAUGUAUAGCUGUAUAGCUCUGUAGAGUAAGCUGAGAUGGGGGUUUGUGCAAUAGAGUAGUACCUUGCUGUGCAUGUGCUAUUGUCUGGCUCUCGUGUCUGUGUGUCUGCAGUAGGUCAGCAUCAUGGUGUCGUCUCCAUGUCGCUGGGUGAACAGAUCUGUUUUGUGAUGUGCAGAGGAAUGCAAACUUAUGGUUCACCUGCUACAGGUGACAUCAUUUAUUUUCAGUGGGUGUGUGGCUACUAGUGCUCAACUCCAAAACCUCACAAUGCCCCAACCCCCGCCCUCCUCGCUCUCACCCGCACCCACCACCCGUAGCCAGACAUUCACGGAACCCAGGGUCCCACUCUUGAGCUUGUACCCCAUCGAAGCACCAGCAAUUUUAAACUGCAUUUGUCAUAUCACUGUUCAGUUCCUCUUUAUUGUUUUCCUGUUUUUUAUUUGUACUACGCUCUCUAACCUAGACCAAUUAUAACAAAAUGCCAUUCAUGUGUACCCUGUUUACUCCCCCUUUUCUCCUUUUUGCACUUUCACUGCCCCUCCUUUUCCAACCACUCCCCCACACUUCUGCUCCGAUCCCGCCACACCACCAACUCCCACCCCCCCCCCCCCCCUCCCCCCCACCUUCUCCUCCUCCUCGAGUUUCUCCCGAGUGCCAAACAAAAACAGUACCAUUCCAAACUUUUUUGAGUUUUCUUGUAUGUUGGACAUCCAUUGGACGCACCCAUGAAGCCAGCAUGUUCCUCCAUAACAUGAUGUCAGUCAUGACGCCUCAACAUUACCCAAAAGAAACAGAUCAAAAAAACAAACAAUAAACGAGCUAAAAGCAGACCUGGAUUAACCCGGUAAAGGCUGGCUACCUCUCAUAAACUGCUUUUCCUAAUUCUCUAUCAUCUCUUCAACCUCCAGGACAUCAUUGAUUGUGUGCCAUAGUGUUGGGGGCACUUGUCACUCUCCUCACCCCCCAAGUCUCUCCAUUUGAUUUUCGAUGGGAAAAAAAAUAAAAAAAUCCAUUUCUAAUGACGAUUUUUUUUCUUUAACAUUUAACCACACUCAGAAUGGUGUGAGGAGUGUAAUCGUCAGCUGCGCAGCCAUCCUCUGUCUUCUGAACUUUGAACUUUUCACCCCUCAUGAACUUUAUUGACCUUCUUCCUCCCCUUCUAUGUUCAUCAAACUGUUUGGACUUAAAUCUCCAUUCCAUCACCAAACCUAUUUGAGACUGUGCAAUUCUAGUUGAAAUUAUUUGUUUUUUUUUUUGUUUGUUUCUUAUCAGUGGGGCAAUUCACCGAGAUAAAGAAUGAAAAAUCAUCCACAAAAGAAAUACAGACAAAAAAAAACACAAAAAAACUGUUUCUCCACAAUUUCAUUUUUCUCUCAUUGUAAAUAUUUUUGUCAGAUUUUGUUGAGCUGUAAAGAGAGGCGUGUUCAACAGAAUGGGGCCGGCAGCAUAAAAUCCACUUAGUGGAAAGAGGAAAAGAAAGGUGCACCUCAUACAUCUACUCGUUUGUUCUGCUACAGUAGCUUGUGGUCUUGACAUUGGUGUGACCUGCUGUAUUUGUUGUUGUUUAUCGCCAUGCUAGCUCCACUUAGAUAAAAUUAUAUAAAAACGUAGAAGAUAAUUCAGUUCUGGAGCUGAUAGAAUUGUUUACAUUUGCUACCGUAGUUGUAUUUGUUGGUGGUUUUGUUCCGCUUAGAGUGAGUCGUAGUUAUUGUAAUGCUUUGUAGUGUACGAAGAUAUCAAUGUGGAGAACUUGCUGGACUCAGCACCUUACACUAAAUGUGGGACACACAAGACUAGGGGGGAGAAAAAACGUGUCGCUCCCAAACCACAAAAAGGAAGUUGAGGCCUCUUUAGUGCAAUAGAGUUACUGCGGUUUACAUGAUAGAAGUGAUAUAGUUUAGAACUAGGAUUAUGUUAAUUAGGCAUAUUGUAGGUGGGCGUUGGUGAAUGUAAAUGCCAACAUGACAAAGGUGCCCGUAGUGCCAACUGAGACAUAUCUCUCUCAGUGAGUUUAGUAGAGUUAAACUGACUGAAAGUAUUCAUUUGACACAGCUAGACUGGACUGACCAUAUCAUUGCUUAGCUUUGUGCUCCACUCACAAAGUUUUAUGCUGCCAGCCUCAUUCUCUGAUAACACUUCAUGAGCUAUUUAUUUUCAACCUAUAAUAUACUAUUAAUAAAUUACAAGACAACAAGAAAAAAGGGAAUGACUGGAAAGGUGAAUUAUUGUUUUGUUUUUUUAGCAUUUUAGUGGUUGCUUUUAACACCAUUCAUUAACUGACUUAAAGAGUAUUGAAUAUUUAAUGUAAUUGUAGCAUUGUGUUUGUAAAAAAAAAAGGAAAAAAAAGUAGUGAGUUGUGUUUAUUGACUUGUGGAUUACCAGUGAAGUCGGCAAUCUAGUGCUAAUAUAUAUUUCAUCUUUAUUUUAAGGAUUAUUAUUUUCCGACAGCAACAACAGUCAUUAUAAAUGUUCAUUUUAGCAUCACCUGUCUUCUGUUGUCUUAUUCUUCACCUCCCACUACACUCAGUCUCAUCCAAGUAACACAUUGCAAGUUUGUGCCUGAAACCAUGUGCUCGGUCUGGGGGCGGGGCCAUAUGGUAUGAGCAACGUGUGUGUGUGUGCGUGCGCGCGCGUGAGUGAGUGAAUGGAAAGGCUGCUAUCUCAGCCUUGGUGGGUGGGUGUUCUGUCCAAUGUCCACCAAAGCUAAAACCUGGAGGGCUUCCAUUCACCAAUGGAAUCCCCUGACGUUAUAGCUGGAACUUCAUCAUGUGACCUGAGCCGACUCUAUCGUUCAUAACCCUCCCACCCAACCACUCUCCACCACUACCCUAUCCCUGAGUCAUCCCUUACCACACGUCAUCACCAUGUGAUGUUCUCCAUCGAUAACAUACUACUCGACCAGAUCCACAUUAACAUGUCUCCUCCAUGUUUCCAAAAGGAGCGCGUUGCCAGUCAACCUGCUUCCCACAUGAUACUCAACCAUCCUCUCUAGCUGCCGGGGCCAGGCCCAUCAGAAAACGAUUUGUCUCAAAACAAGAGGAUAGAGAGAAAUAGUGAUGCUCAGGGUGUCUCCUUGAUCUACCUUUAUAUCCCGCAUUCUGCGGUUGUCCCACUUUAUUCUGCCCUAAUGAUUUCUAUGGAGCCCAAAGACGACGAUGAUUUCCAUGUUCAUGUAAUGGUUGCUUAGCAAUUAUUCUGAGGGAUGAUGUGCACCUACUUAGAGGAGCGUGCACAUACUGUAUUGUUUACAACCUAAAUGAGACCAACGCUGUUGAAAAAGAAUGUGUAGGACAAAAACAAAUUCCGUAUUGCUAAAUGAUGACAUUUCAACGACAAUUUCUGUGACAUGAGUUAAUGUAAUUAUGAGUCAUUGCAUGGUACUAUUUUUUUGCAAUGAAAAUAUAUUUUUUUGAACUGUUAGAAUGGAUGGUACAUUGUCAAAUUCGUGCAACAUUUAGACGCUAAUAAUAAAACAAACGUUGGUGUGCGUGUUAAUGUCACCAUGAGGAGAGGUUUUGGACCAAUGAAUGCCAAAAUGUUGUAAAGGUUUUGUUCAUUUGUACAUGGUAAUAAUGGGUCAAAUAAACCAUUGAAGCUAAUUGUCAGGUAGACAUUAGUCUUACUAAUUAAUUCAUCAAGGCCCACACAUUGGUUUACCAUGUUAAUACUCAAAGAGGUGUUUGGAAAUCAGUUGAUAUUGGACCGAAUACAGUUAUUACUAUAAUCAAACCCCAAAAGAGGUAAGUUAAACACCCCUACUCCUGUAAUACAAUGUGCACCUGAUAUUGUGGUGUUUCACAAACACACGUUUACCCCAGGCAGAAAGUAUAUUUCAAGAGGAUUUAGGUAUAUAAGGAGGACAUGAAGGACAAUGUUGGACAUGCCCAUGUUUUUGCUGAAUGGGCAUCAGGAAAUCAGGAGGGUUGCAGCAUAGCAAUCAGAGGUUAUGAAACAAUCGGAAGGGUUGGGACUCCUCUCACCCCAUCCAGUACACCCAACACAUUAGAAGUGACACAAUCAAGAUGUUGCUCUUUGACAUUCUCAUCCUCCCACUAUCACUGUGCACCAACCAGUUCAUCCAACCAGCAAACACCACCCCCACAUUCACCAUGUCUCCACAACCAACCUAUCCGGACCGGCGGAUUUAGGCAGAUCCAUGCAACUUCUGGCUAAUGGGCUUAGACCUCUCCAUGCAUUGGCUGUUGUUUUAUUGACCUGCAGCACAGCAGAGUCUCCAGGCAUAUCAAUAUUCACAGGAUGGUCUGAAAACCAAACCUGUCUCGCAAACCUUCCAUACACUAAAGAAGUACCUCCAAGGUUCAGAAUGAAGCAGAAUUUAUGGUUUCCUGCACACACCUCCCAAUGUUCGUAAUGAGCCCCUGAGCUAUGUGGUAGAGCAAAGUCAGAACUUUGACGUGCCUUUCGUUAGGCGCUACUGUAGAUGUGUUUGUUUUGUCUCCUUGAUAGCUUUGUAGUCAUACCAGAACUUCAAUGAACUGAAAGGAGGUAAGUCAUGAGAUUAAUGGAGAAUAACUGAAUGUUAAUGGGAUAGUCACCCCAAAAUUACAAAAUGACAUAUUGGUUUCGUUACCCUGUAAGCAGUCUACAGGCAAAGGAUGACAGCAAUCCGUGCUUUAUGUUUUAGCAUUUGUGGCACAAAUCCCAUUACAGUCAUGGGACCGAUAUUAGCAUUUUUCACGCAUUAUGUCCAAAUCAUCCAACGUAUCUAAAACUAAUUGUGAAGCUCGACAAAGUCACAUAUGUUUAGAAAAUGAUGCGCAAAGAAUGCUAAUAUCGGUCCCAUGACUUGAAUGGGAUUUAAUGCCACAAAUUCAAAAACCUUAGCAUGUGGAAACAGUGCCAAAGCAUGGAUUGCUGUCAUACCUUGUCCAUAGACUGCUUACAAGGUAAGGAAACCAAUAUGUAAUUUUUGUAAUUUGGGUGAACUAUCCCUAAAGGGUGUGUUUGCAUUGUAUUAUUCACUCCACGGAAUACCACUCAAACUCUGCAAGCCCCAUUUGUGGCUUGUGUUUUUACGUGAAAACCUCUGGGCAUCUGGUGAAGCCGCUACAGUGACAGAUUAGGCCCCUCCACAUACCUCCCAUCUAUCUCUCCUGCCAGUGGGACUGGAGUGGUGGUAGCUUGUGCUUCAUCUUUGCCAAUGCAGCCAAUCCUGUUAAUUGUGCAUCUCUCCUGCCUGAGGCGGUAUUGAUUUUCCUUCUCCUUGCUGCUCUUUUUCCAUUCCCUUGUUCAUCUGAAGCCCAAGAAUCCCUGUAAAUCCCAGACCAGCUGUCCCAUGGAAUUCCCUCGUCCUGUUCGGAAGUUAGAUAGGAGAGGUAGGAUAGACAUAAUGCCUUGUUGCUUUCGUACAGCAUCUUGUUGCUGAGAUCUCGGCGCUUCUCCUCACUGCUUCUCAGCUGAUGCUAGUGUUGGUUAACAUCCUACUCAGUUCCAGAGGACAGAGAGUGAGAGACAAAGAGUUUGCCCUAAUACAGUAUGCUUGAGUCUGGAGCGACUAGAUUGUGCACCUAGUUGCACCCUCACCUAAGAACAAGGCCAUCAAAAUCAACUCCAAUUGAUAAUAUCAUAAUAACAAACCAGUCAGGACUUGACCCUAUGGGGUCCACAGGAUAAAAUAUAGAUAAUCCCCCUCAUAGAUAAGAUGAUAGCGAUUUAUAAUGUGCCAUAGAUACAAAUGUGGGGGUGGGGGGUUGCUAAUAAUUAUUUUGAACCUGCGUUUUGCACAAUCAGAUUGUAAAUCAAACCUGCUUUGCCUGUGGCUACAAUACAGUAGCAUUCCUCACGCCACCAUACCUACUGUAUGUAACUGUUCAGAUUUCUGUCUGCAACAUCACACCCAUGUCCACUCGCACCCUACUGCGCUGUUACCUAGGUCGCUGGUAAGGGGGCUGUGCAUUUGCCAGAAUAAACAACAUAUGUUUUCAAUUGAUAGAACACACAAGCACUUCAUCCUUGGCAAAUCACAGUGGUAUACUGCCUAAUUGAAAUCCAUGGAAGCUCAUUUCUAUUCUCUUGUGCGUGGCUAUUCCAGGCACGGGUUGAUACAGAGGAUAAGAAUAAUAAUGUGUCGUAACAGCCAAUGUUUGAGAUUUGUUCCCUUACGAGAUGUUUUCACCAAGAGUUAAGAGAAAGUUCUGACCAAGAAUUGCAGAGAAAAUUCUGACUAAGAAUUAGCAUAGGUACAUAGACAUUUGAUUGACUUUAAAUUAGGGAGUACUUUUAUCCUGUGUUUAUAUUAAUGACAAUUUCACCCUUCCCUCCGCUUGAAUCAAUAGAUAAAUGUAUUUUUAAUGCAAUAUUUUGUAUCAAAAUUAGGGAAGACACAUUUUCAAUUCUAGACGACAUCAGAUUUGAAAGUAGUGGCUGAUAAAGGAGAUUAUUUGUCAUUUAAUUAAAUCUGAAAUUGGAAUGUAUAUUUUUGACAAACAGAAUGCUAUUUGUAUUUCGACUGCCUGUGGAAGACCAAGUUUGUGUUCUAACAGUUAUACCAGAAUUUUGGCAAUUUUACAGGGACUCAGGUCAAUGUUUGGGUUAUCUCUUGAAUGUUUUCGUCUACUUAUUGCAUGUUUGUCUAGGAAACUAAUGCUUUGUCUUUGAUUGAAGGAAGAUACACAUUUGUAGACUGUCACAAGGCUGAAAUUUUGAAACUAAAUCACCACUUGUCUUUCAGCAUUCAGUUGUUGCUGUCUUCCAUUUGCGUGUACCUUCUAUGCAUUUAACAAGUAUUCAUCAUAAAAGUUAUAUCGAAAUUCCUGGGCCUGGAAAUAAACUUCAAACCACUGAGCUACAACAAACCCCAAGGUUGGAGAAAACCUCAACGGACCUCUCUCACUAAAACUUGCCAUCUGUACUGGUACAAAAGCUGUCCAUCUUUGACUAGCAACAAUGUUAAAAUUAUUCCCGCAUCCUAAGUAACUAAAGUGGAAACUGGCUAUUGUCCUUUGGCAACACUUUACAUUACAUAGACAUUGAACUAGCCUGUUACAGUGUAAUAGGCCGUUCCACAGGUAGUUGCAUUGGUAUGAGACGG